AUGUGUCUCAUGGUUGAUGAGGAACACAUGAGCUCUGUGAUGGAUUGGAAGAAAGAAGGUGCUCCGCUACCAUUUGUAAAGGCAGGUGAUGUUACCCUUGGCAAGCGGAGUUUGUCUUACUCUGGCGUGUUCAAGGUGGCGAUUGCCUCUCUCUUCACCAGGCUCUACAUGGCUCAGAUUGAGGGUUAUGAGACAGCGGAUCUGGUGCCAAAUGACGAUAUAGUGUGGGAUGUGAAACGCGGGACUGCUUAG